AUGAAAUUAAAGUCAAUUGAUUUUUAAUAUAUUAGAUAGAAUUAAUUAAAUUUCCAUAUUAGAUAGCUAUUCAAUAUUUUAGAAAAAAAUAAAUAAAUGAUAUAAAAGGAAUAACAUUUCUACAAUCUAGAAAGAUUUAAAAACUCUUCUCUUAAAUCUCAUUAGGUUCUCCAUAUUGAUCUGAGCGGUGACAAAAAAAUUGAUGAUGACAAUAAUAAUAUAGUCACACAAAAAUACAUUAUCAGAUUCUAUGAAUUUGUUCACACUUUCAAACAAAUUUUUGGCAAAACAAAAAACAAAAAUACCAAAAUAGAUAAUGAAGGUGCAUCAGUCUUAAGUACUGCUUUGGCAAAAUGCACUAAUCUCUCAAAUUUGACACUUAAUCUUGAGUCAAAUUAAAUUGGUGAUAAAGGUAUAUCAGACUUAGGUUAUGGUUUAGCAAACUGCAUUAAUCUCUCAAAUUUGACAAUCAAUCUCUUUAAAAAUAAUGUUGGCGCAGUUGGUGCAUCAGGCUUAGGUUCUGAUUUAGGAAAGUGUUCUAAUCUCUCAAAUUUGACACUUAAUCUUAGUAUUCGAACAUAUAAAUAGCCAUAUAUAAUUAAUAAUCUAUUCAAUAACAAAUUUUUUCACCUUUAUUUAAUGAUUAUAUCACAUCUUUACUACCUAUAAUAUAUGUAAUUCUAGCAGUAUUUUAAUUAGAGCUCAGACUACCAUUUAUUUUAUGAUGCUACUUUGAUAUUUUAGUUUUUGAAUUAAUUGUGAUAUUCCUUUGCUGAUAAAUUUAAUUAUAUCAUCUAUACUUUUAAUUCUAUAUAAUAUUUUUAUUAUGUUAUGAUAGAGUAAAUAAUUUUUAUAAGAUAAAGUAUCUUUUAUGGAAUAAAAAUCUUAAUUUAUCAAUCUAUAUAAAAAUGAUAAGUGUUACUUUAAGGUUA